ACUUAACAGACCCGCUAGUUUACAGUAUUAUAAUGUUUACACUUUCAGUCGUUUUAUUUUGUAACCUAAAUAUAAAAAUAUGGCUCUUAUUCUGAAGGCGGGGUGUGUUCCGGUGCGGAGCGCGCGAGGUUUGUUUUCGUGACAGUGGUGAGCUAGCUAACCUAGAGUAGCAGACUGACUCGUAAAUAAGAAUGUCCGCUUUUAGUUCCCAGUAGUUUGUCAAGAGAUUCGUCGUGGCGUUGAAGUUGAUUCCCUGCACGCCGUCAUGGUGAGCUACGUCACAAACUGUAAGGGUUUUACGCGUCACCUGGAAUGCAUUUGACCUCAAAAAACAUGUACAACACCUUUAAAGACGAAAUCUGGGAAGAGCUGGGACCACUAGACCCCGAUUGGUUUGAUGUGCUGACAUCUCAAACGUUUCCUAAUGAGAGCAAUGACUCUGAUGUAGAUGAGCUGAGUGCUAACCAAGAGAGACAUUUUGACACAGCAGCAGUGGCGAGUCAGCUGUUUUCAACCCCCAGAGAUUUCAGACACAAUAGAGUAGUGUCACCUAAAGCUGAGGAUGACCAUUCAUUCACACACGAACAAGAAAACGAAGCAUUGGCAUGGACAACAAUGCAAAGCCCAUAUUUGUUUGGGAUGUCAAAAGUGUGUGUUCCAGGUGCAAAAUAUGAAGUUAUACAGCCUCAAAGUGAUGAAAGCUUUGAUUUACUGCAAACCCCCAUAAAAUCCCCAGUCAGCUAUGCCAAGCAAAUAUCUGAAAGUCUAGGUGCACAGAUUCAUCCCGACAUAUCAUGGACCAGUUCUCUGAAUACCCCAACAGCUGUGCCACCGACCUUGAUUUUAUCUAAAACUGAUGGGAGUCCCUGCCCAGUGAGUGUUUCUGCAGAGAAAAAUAUUGUUACUGUGCGGAAGCUUUUCCCCUCUCUUUCAAAUGCAUGCAAAAUUGUGGCAUCUCCAUCGAAAAACGACGACGUACCUGCCCUUCAACAAGGUCCUGUUUCCCUUGUGGCUGAUCAGAAUCCAGAGCCCCAUGACUCCCUACAGAGCUCACUGAAUCAAAGUGAAGGUGUUUGGAGACAAAAGUUGCCAGAUGCUAUUGAGGAUGGAGAAAUUCGCAAGACAGUAGCAAGUGUUCUUGAUGGAGCUGAGAAUGUCCUCUCCAUGUUUUUUAGUAACAGUCAUUCUGCACUAAGAAAAGUGAAAACUGAGAGAACUAAGAGGAAACACAUUUUUCAAAAAAAAGAACAGGACUGCAGCAUCACAGACACCUCAGCAACAAACAAUGGUGCAUCUACUGAACAGAAAGUGGAUGAUCAGGACCCUGGCAAAUGUUCCUUAUCCCCAGUGGAGAAAACUGUACUAAGUGGAAACAACCAGUGGUCUCCACUGAGUUUAUCUGAAAUUCCUCUUUGUACUAUAGACACGUUGUGCCACAAUUACAUUCCUUCUACACAUGCAGAAAACAAAUCUUUAACAAAAAAUGUGCUUUGUGAUUCUGGUAAUCUGGCUAGGCCACUUUUGACACUCACACAUUCUGGAUUACCUAAGAAAAAUAGUAAGUUUAUUUACUCAGUUCAGACUUUAAAAACAGAAGAAAAAGAAAAGGAAUCUCAGAAAAUAGAUUUAUCAUCAAGGACUCUACAUUCUGGUCUUUUGACUUCCCCACAACCGAAAGUCCAUGAUCUUGACAUGUCACAGCUUUGCAAAGCCUUUGCAGAAGACUUCACUCAAAACCACUUCUCCCCAUCAUCCUGUUUGUCAGCUAUGAAGCAAGCAAAGCAAAAUACAAAGCAAGCCGGUCUUCACCAGGACUGUGAUGGUUUCAUUAACAGAGGAAAUCCUCCUGCCAUCAAUCUGAAUGCCUCCAGUAAUGGGGCCACAGUAAGUGACAGUGGAUUCCAAUCUGCUAUUGUAAACAAUAGUCAGAGUCAGUCGGGCUUUAAAGUCAAUACCCACAGGAAUGCACCUUUUUCAAGUACAAAUAAAGAACCUGGAAACACACAUUUGGAGGACACUUUACAGGAAACUGAUACCAAUAUGUGUGGUACAAUCAAGGAAGAGCUAGACUCGGGCACAGAGAAUGGGUGGCGCAAAGAGAGCAUGUCAACUCAAUGUCCCUGGAGUGGAGAACAAACAAGGCUACUGAAUUGUCACAUUAAUGCCAGUCUUCAAGAAAAAAUUGUUUCCCUUCCUUUCAUCUGCCCUGCAGGAUUAAAAACUGCUUCAAAUAAGUGCAUAGACACAGUCAACCUGGAGAGAGGUUUCUUUCAAGAGAAUGAAGCUGAAAAAACAAACAUUGGCCAUGACACCAAAGAUGUAGUUGGUCAUGAAUCAGUGACCAGUAGCACAAAGUCCAUCCCACAGCUGUCUCCAAGUGAAAGAUGUGGGAAUGUCAGUUGCCAGUUAACUGCUUCACAAAAAGCAGAUGUUACAGAACUUUGUACUCUCUUGGAAGAAGCAGAUAGCCAGUUUGAAUUUACACAGUUUGAAGCUGCAAAACUAAAACCACAUUGUGAACAUGAUGCCAUCUCUCUGAAAACAGUUGGAAAAGAACUUGACCCAGAUUUCCUUACGGGUAUAGAUUUUGAUGACAGCUUUACUUUAGAUGGUGAAAGACAAACUGUAGCAACUGUGAUGCCUGACAAAUUGACAGAUAGUAAAUCAAAUUACAAGGCAUCAAAGACCACAUGUAGCUCCCUCAUGGUGUCAAAUGCAGUGAGAGAGAACACCUCUACUGCAGAUGUAGUUUCUUCUGAAAGCAGCAGAAAUAUGUUGACUGAACCCAAAUAUCAGGCCAAAGCAGAGAACAGCGACAUAAACAAAGUGGACUUAAAAAAUACUUUGACACUUGGUAUGGGAUUUAAAACCGCAGGAGGAAAUGUUUUGAGAGUUUCGAAACAGUGUCUCAGGAAAGCAAAGGAUUUGUUUGCCGACAUUGAAGAGAAUCUAAAUGAUCAGAAAUCCCUAGAUAUGCAAAGGAGUGAAAUUGAUGCUCAAUCCAUGCAAGGACAGACCACAGGCAUUACAGAUAAAGAUGCCAAAGGUUUCAACAACAGCAAAAUGGACACAGGUCGGAGUGGAUUCCAGAUGGCCAGUGGAAAGGGGAUCUCUGUUUCAGCAAAGGCUUUGCAAGAGGCAGACGUUUUCUUUAAAGACUGUGUUUUAGAUUCCAACAAAGAUAUGUCAGUAAAACAUAAAAAGAGCACGGAACCUUUGGCCGACCGUGUCAGUCAAAAGGACAACCAUGUACAAUUCAAACGUGUCCAGAAAAUUAAACACAACUUUUCCGGAGAACCAGUCAGAAAUUUGAAGGAUAUACAUUAUGGAUGUAAAAAUAAUGUGGAUAUUGACAGUCCUGGAAUUAAUAAUACCUCAGCUUUGACAAAUGUAGAUUCAUCGCAAGAAAAUAAGUCUUUGAAUGCAAAGACAUCGUAUGCUUCCCCACGCACAACUUCCAAGGAUGGAUCUUCUGUCUGUGGAUUCAGUACAGCCUCUGGAAAGAAAGUAUCCAUAUCAGUAGAAGCCAUGAAGAAGGCAGAGUCUCUCUUAAAUGAAAGCCAUGCACUUGGAGAAACAAGGGAACUUGAAGUGGAAGUAGAUGCUUUCAAGACAGAUCAGUUUGUGCCAUCGAAAAAUGGAGGAUUUCAGACUGCCAGUGGCAAAGGAGUUGUCAUUUCAUCUGAAGCGCUCAAGAAAGCAAAAUCACUGUUAAGCGAAAGUGAAGUUGAGGUUGAUCGCAUCAGUGUAAAACCAUACUCCAAGAUGCCAGUAACUGGUCCACCACACAGCAAUUGUGGAUUCAUUACAGCCAGUGGUAAACCUGCAGCACCUUCAGCUGAAACCCUCCACAAGGCAAAAGCUCUUUUCAGUGACAUCGAUAUAAAGAUGCCAGUUGUUUCAGACAUAAGAAACAAUGGUAACACUGCCUUCGGUGAAUUGAGCUGCAGUGGCAGCUUCUGUACAGCCAGUGGAAAAAAGGUUUCUGUGUCAGAUGAUGCAGUAAGAAAAGCAAAAUCUCUUUUGGGUGAAUGCAUUGAAUUUGAGGAGACAAACAAAAAACAAUGUAAAGAUGCCUCGCCAACACAGAAUGGUGGAUUUCAGACAGCUAGUGGCAAAAGAGUUGCUGUGUCAUCCUCAGCCCUGAAGAAAGCAAAUGCUCUGCUAAGUGAAGUUAAAGGAGUUGGUGAUAAAACUGGUGUAAAACCAACACAUUGCCAGAAGUCAUUUUCUGGUCCAGCACCCACGACUAGUGGAUUGAAUGCUCCUAGCUAUCAGACUGGGGAACUUUCAUCCGAGGCCGUCCAGAAGGCAGAAGGUCUCUUCAUGGACACCUCAGCUGUUUCAGAGUCAAAGAAGACUGACCGAUAUGAUGGUGCUCCAAACAUUACUCAUUGUGGCUUUACAACUGCAGGGGGAGCAAAAGUCAUUGUGUCACAAAAAGGUCUUAUGAAAGCAAAGAGCUUCAUGAAGGAAUUUGAUGAUGGGGACUGCCACCAUCUUAAUUCAUACUCAAGUCCACAUGACACACACAAGCCAGAUCCACCAAAACCCAGGGAUGUGAGAAAUUCCUCUUUUAAGCCCAUCACUGACUUUGACAGUGACAGUGAGCGUGAAGUGGACCAGACAAUUCUCAAUCAGGGACCAAAGUCAUCAUUUCUUACCUUUCAGUCAUGUAACCUCGGUGGUUGUACAGAAACGCAGGAAAAGCUUCUUGCCCAGGAAGCACUUGACUGCACAAAAGCUUUGUUAGAAGAUGAAGGAAUAGCUGACCAAAAUCAUUCAGAGGCUUUAGGAAAUGUGCCACAUCAGGAAAAUGCCAAAUCUGACAGAAUUUCUGUAGAGGAACGAAAAGGAAAGUGGAAAAGAUCAGUAGAGGAUACAGAUAUGACUGGUCAGCCACCCCUAAAAAGACGAUUACUGGAAGAAUUUGACAGGACUGUUGAGGGUCCAAGACGCUUGGCCCUCCUUCCAGAAAGAAGUUGCCCAAGUGGUGUGAUAAACGACAGGAGAGUUUUUAAAUACAGCGACUCUCUUCAUCCAAAUGUCACAAAGCCACACAGCAAUGGAAAAAACUACGUCGAAACCAGGUUGCAAAAGGCCACUCCAACACAACACUCAACUUCAGGAGAUUCCAGACCUGCAGGUUCCAAGAUGCCAGCGUUUGUUCCUCCGUUCUGUAAGAAUGCAAAGAUGCCAACUCUUAAGAAUACUGCUCUGUCUGACAACAAGAGAAGACCUGCUUUUGUUCCUCCCUUCAAAAAGCAAGAAAGUUCCUCCAAAGCACAGGAGCAGGUUCUCCACCGUCUACCCUUAGCAGCACCAUCUAAGAGCGACAUUUAUGUACCACCUGUUAAAAAAGCCCAAAGCACCAACUCUGUCAUUUAUACUGAAAGCAAAGAUGACAUCCAGACCGUGGUCUUGGCUGGCAGCACAAAUGAGAAUCAAGUGCCUAACCCACACAAUCCUGUUGGUUGUAAAGCAGAGGACUUACUGGGUGUUCAGGACACGAUGUCCAGAGACCAAGAAUUUCAGAAUCUGGAAAAUCUGGAAUUGGCACGAGACAUGCAAGAUAUGAGAAUCAGAAAGAAGAAGCGUCAAACCAUUCGACCUGUGCCAGGCAGUUUGUUUCUAACCAAAACAUCCGGUGUCUCAAGAAUUCAGUUAAAAGCUGCAGCGAAUGGAAAACGUCCUGCAAGACACACCCAAGUGCAGCUGUAUGAAUAUGGAGUGCAAGCAAAUGUGUCUGAGAUCACUAGUGAGACUGCAGAGAAUUUUCGCUUCCACUUGCAACAGUUCUUCAAGCAAGAAGCAUUUGUAGACGGUGGUGGUGUUCAUCUUGCUGAUGGAGGAUGGCUGGUCAGCAGCAAUGACGGGACUGCUGGAAAGGAAGAGUUUUAUAGAGCACUAUGUGAUACCCCAGGUGUGGAUCCUAAACUGAUUAGUGAGCAGUGGGUGUACAAUCACUACCGGUGGAUUGUGUGGAAACAGGCCUCCAUGGAAAGAUCUUUUCCAGAAACAAUGGGCAGCCUCUGCCUCACCCCAGAGCAGGUUCUACUUCAACUUAAGUACAGGUAUGAUGUAGAGGUGGACCACAGCCGUAGGCCAGCUUUGAGAAAGAUUAUGGAAAGGGACGACACAGCCGCAAAGACCCUGGUUCUGUGUGUGUGUGGGGUCGUCUCCAGAGGCCAGUCUCCAAACAGAAGGAGUCAAAGCGACACCAGGACUCCACAGGGCACGGAUGCCAAGAGAAGCCUCGUUGAAAACCCAUCUGCAGUGAUCUGGCUUACGGAUGGAUGGUACGCCAUUAAAGCCCAGGUAGAUGAACCUUUGACUGCCAUGCUUCACAAAGGCCGGCUGGCCAUCGGCGGGAAGUUGAUCGUCCAUGGGGCUCAGCUGGUUGGCUCACAGGAUGCCUGCUCCCCACUGGAGGCACCUGAGUCUCUUAUGCUAAAGAUUUGUGCUAAUAGCAGCAGACCUGCACGAUGGGAUACGAGAUUGGGGUUUUACAAAGAUCCCCGCCCGUUUCUGCUUCCAGUUUCCUGUUUGUACAGCAACGGGGGCCCGGUAGGAUGUGUGGACAUUGUCAUACUAAGAAGCUACCCAAUACAGUGGAUGGAGAGGAAGUCAGAUGGCGGCGUUGUGUUUCGCUCUGUUCGUGCAGAAGAGAAGGAGGCGAGACGGUAUGACAACCACAAACAAAAAGCCAUGGAAAUAAUUUUUUCCAAGAUUCAAGCUGAAUUUGAAAGGGAGGUGAAAGAUAAUAACCCUCAACACAGAAGACGUUCAAUAAGUAAUCAAGAUAUUGCGAGUCUGCAAGAUGGAGAGGAGCUGCAUGAAGCAGUGGGCGAUGACCCAGCCUGUCUCGAGGCUCAUUUAAGUGAACAGCAGUUGGAGACGCUCCGUGUCUACAGGCGCUCUCUGAUUGAGAAAAAGCAGGCUGAAAUGCAGGACCGAUACCGCCGAGCUGUAGAAGCAGAGGACACUGAAGGGAUCUGUCCAAAACGAGACGUUACACCUGUUUGGAGACUUUACGUUGCUGACUCCAUGGACCAUCCAGGCAGUGUUUACCAGUUGAAUCUAUGGCGACCUUCCUCAGAUCUUCAGUCUUUACUGAAGGAAGGCUGUAGGUACAAAGUCUUUAACCUCAGCACUUCAGAUGGAAAGAAACGCAGCAGCAUUGAAAUGAUUCAGCUCACUGGAACAAACAAAACACAGUUUCAGAACCUACAGACUUCCCAGGAAUGGUUAUCUGCACGUUUUCAACCAAGGGUGUCAACAAGUUUUGUGGACCUUCAAAACACUGAAUAUCAUCCACUGUGUGGAGAGGUUGAUGUCACAGGCUGCAUCAUCAGUGUCAUAGAUGAACAGGGUCCCUCGCCUGCAUUUUACUUGGCUGAUGGGACUUUUAACUUUGUUAAGGUACGCUGUUUCAACAGCUUCUCCCAGUCUGGCUUGGAAGAUCUAGUUAAGCCUUGUGUGUUGUUGGCUCUAAGCAACCUGCAGCUCAGAGGUCAGUCUACUACCCCCACUUCUGUUGUAUAUGCUGGAGAUCUGACCAUCUUCUCUACAAAUCCAAAAGAACUUCAUCUUCAGGAAUCUCUUUGUCAGCUCAGGAAUCUGGUCCAGGGUCAAUGGGACUUUUAUCGGACAGCUGAGGAGAAACUUUCAUGUUUAAUCCAGUCUUGUGGCCUGAGCUCUGUCACCUCUGCAGGUCUGCCAACACACAGCCCAGCUUCUAUAACUGAGAGAGGACCAGACACAAAGGCAAAUCCUGUCAAAAGCCUCGGAUUCUUCACACCCGUGAACAGGAAGCCUCUUACGUCAACUUCUUCAAAUGAGAAAGACCCCAAAAGCCUGAAGAGGAGGCGAGCUCUGGACUACUUGUCACGUCUACCAUCUCCACCUGUUCUGUCUCAUCUAAGCUCAGUGGCUUCACCGUGCCUAAAAAAGACUUUUAACCCCCCUCGACGGUCUGGGACACCUAGCUCUUUAAAAGCUGUACAGACUCCAGCUUGCAAACCUGUCUGUUCACAGGUGGAGAAUGAAUGGGUGAAUGAUGAGGAACUUGCAAUGAUAGAUACUCAAGCACUGCGUGUUGGUAAUAUAGAUACAUAGAUCUGUGUAGAUGACAAUACAGUAGCUUUUUUUAAAAUGUAUAUUUAAAUAACCAGUGGCUGCAAAUUGCACACACUGUAGUUGUUUUAUAGUCUCACAAUCUCAUUAAAGCUGUGAAAUCAG